UAUAAGAUCAUCUAAGCUGUGCUGAUGGGUGUUGCUGUUCUUUGGUAGUGAGCACCAUGUGAUUGGAAGGAGGGGGGUGGAGAGCACAGGAAAUCAGGGAAAUGCAUAGAGAUUUCUCACAUCUUCAUCUGAAAAUGCAGCCUUCAAAACCUACAGCUUGUUACUAAAUCUGGACCCGACGCAAGCGGUUGUGUGUGUGUUUUUUUUUUUUUUUUUUUAACCUAACAUCCAUCAGGAUUUUUGAUUUGGGCAGCGCACUGUUGGAUUGGAGAUUUAUACGCUGCUAUCCGUCAUUAUAGUAGAGCCUGUUGGCAGAAGGGACCAAGUGACAUUUAUCCUGUUUACAAGCACAUUUCCAGCCUCUUUUUGUCAGCCAAGAGCUGAUUCCUAAUCCUGCUGCUUUAUUCUUCAAGCUGGAAACACCCCUGUGCCUGAAAGAAAUGGUACUUCCUGCUUUCAUAAACAGUCAUGUGUAUAGUUCAGCCAGGCCUGAUGCCUCUGGAGCUUUCUUUUACUGAAAAGCACCAGUGAUUUGCUUUGCUUUUCUUUUUUCUUUUAUCCUUGUGUGGAUGCCACAAAUCCAGUGGCCUUUUUUGCCUCGGGAAGGUUUUAAGCUUGGAAUCGCUCGGCUGUGCAUUUUUCUCAAUUUGUUUGGCAAGUCAAGACACAGCAGACAAUCCUGGUGGUGCAUAUUUUCUGAUUUUUCCAGAAACCAAGCAGAAGAUUGAGCUGCUGAUGUCCGUUAACUCCGAGAAGUCGUCCUCGUCAGAAAGGCCGGAGGCUCAGCAGAAAGCACCAUCAGCUCCUCCACCUCCUCCACCACCACCUCCUAUACCUGAGCCAGCACCUCCAGAGCCCGAGGAGGAGAUUUUGGGAUCUGACGAUGAGGAACAAGAAGACCCUGCUGACUACUGUAAAGGUGGCUACCAUCCUGUGAAAAUCGGAGAUCUGUUUAAUGGCCGGUACCAUGUAAUCAGGAAGCUAGGAUGGGGUCACUUUUCCACUGUUUGGCUCUGUUGGGAUAUGCAGGGGAAGAGGUUUGUUGCAAUGAAGGUAGUAAAAAGUGCUCAACACUACACAGAGACUGCUUUGGAUGAAAUAAAGUUACUCAGAUGUGUGCGGGAAAGUGACCCUGGAGACCCAAAUAAAGACAUGGUGGUACAGCUAAUUGAUGAUUUUAAAAUAUCUGGAAUGAAUGGUAUUCAUGUCUGUAUGGUGUUUGAAGUUCUUGGGCAUCACUUAUUAAAAUGGAUAAUAAAAUCGAAUUAUCAGGGUCUUCCUAUUCGCUGUGUAAAAAGCAUUAUUCACCAGGUCCUUCAGGGCUUGGACUAUUUGCAUAGCAAAUGUAAAAUUAUCCACACUGACAUAAAACCUGAAAACAUCCUGAUGUGUGUUGAUGAUGCCUAUGUCCGAAGAAUGGCAGCGGAAGCCACGGAAUGGCAGAAGGCUGGUGCACCACCUCCCUCUGGUUCUGCAGUGAGCACUGCUCCUCAACAGAAGCCUGUAAGUGUUCUGGUUGGAAAGAUUUCAAAAAAUAAAAAGAAAAAACUAAAAAGGAAGCAGAAGCGACAAGCAGAGUUGCUUGAAAAGCGUCUUCAGGAAAUUGAGGAGUUAGAACGGGAAGCAGAGCGGAAAAAAUCUGAAGAAAAUGAAAAUGAGCAGAAUGCUGAAAGCCAACCAGAAGCCAAGCUGAAGUCGGUAUGUCUGGACGAUGUAGCUGAUGAGGAACCAGUCAAUGAGUAUGCGGGUAAUGGUUCCUCUGAAGGUGACGAUCAUGAUGAAAAAGAAGACACAGAAAAGGAAAAUAUUGAAAAAGAUGAUGAUGAUGCAGACCCAGAGCUUGGUAACACAGAUCCAACAUGGAAUGAGUCCCCAAAAACAAAUGGCCAUUUAGAGAAUGGUCCAUUCUCUCUGGAACAGCCAUUAGAUGAUGACGAUGAAGAGGAUGAAGACUGUCCCAACCCAGAAGACUUUAACUUAGAUGAGUCAAAUGCAGAAAGUGAUUGCACAUACAGUAGCUCUUAUGAACAGUUUAACAGUGAAUUGCCAAAUGGACAACAUAAGAAUGCAGAAUUACAGUUCUCUGAAUUCUCUUCUGCAAUGUUUUCUGGACCUUUGGAGUCUGUGGAAUCUGGGUUGGCAGCUUCUGAGGAUUCUACAGUGUUAGAGAGAGAUGAAAAUGGCUCUUGCCAAGAUAGGAGCAGAACGGUUUCUGCAUCAAGUACUGGAGAUAUGCCAAAAAAUAAAACACGUGCUGCAGACCUCCUGGUGAACCCACUGGAUCCAAGAAAUGCAGACCUUAUUAGAGUUAAAAUUGCAGAUCUUGGGAAUGCUUGCUGGGUGCACAAACACUUCACUGAAGACAUACAGACAAGACAGUAUCGCUCCAUAGAAGUUCUCAUAGGAGCUGGCUAUAGCACCCCUGCUGACAUUUGGAGCACAGCUUGUAUGGCAUUUGAGCUUGCAACUGGUGACUAUUUAUUUGAACCACAUUCUGGAGAAGAUUAUUCCAGAGAUGAAGACCACAUAGCACACAUCAUUGAGCUUCUAGGCAAUAUCCCAAGACACUUUGCUCUGUCUGGAAAAUAUUCUCGGGAAUUCUUCAAUCGCAGAGAUCACAUAGCAUUGAUCACUGAACUGCUGGGAAAAAUCCCUCGAAAAUUUGCUGUGUUGGGGAAAUAUUCCAAGGAUUUUUUCACCAAAAAAGGGGAACUUCGGCACAUCACUAAACUAAAACCUUGGAGUCUGUUUGAUGUUCUGGUGGAGAAGUAUGGCUGGCCACAUGAAGAUGCUGCUCAAUUUACAGAUUUUCUCACUCCCAUGUUAGAAAUGGUUCCUGAGAAACGUGCAUCUGCUAGUGAGUGCCUGCGACAUCCCUGGUUAAAUUCGUAGGAAUGUUCCCUCAAAUACUUUGGACUUAAACAGCGACUGUCAAUAUCUGUAACAGGAUUCUGAGUGAUUUGGCUUUAGCUUUCCAACUUUUCUUUUAGGAGUACCUUGUUUUGUUUUCCUUUGCUUGGUGUGCGCUGUGGUCAAUGGAAAGAUUAGCCUCUGUGUCUUCAGCUCUAAGCUUUACCGACCCACUUUUUCUGGGGCCCGGGACGUGGGAGAAAAAUGAGAAAAAACAAAAGAAAAAAAAAGCCUAAUCUGGUCUUGUUUUUCAUGUUACGUGGCAUUCAGAUGUCCAAUUUUUGAACAAGAAGUCAAUUUUUCCAUGUGUCUGCCAGAUUUUGUAACUAUUUAUGAAGAUAAGUUUUAGCAGAUGUUGGGUAAAUUCAAGCUUUUGAAAUGACUUAACAGGCCUAAUGCAUGGGUACUGUAACAUUUUUACUUUAACUGAGGGAUUCUCAUUCUUGUACUAUAGUGUAUGUACAUUCACUUUGUAAAUGUUUCUUUUCAUUGACAACCUUGCAGUGCUGGACUAGGCUGCAAUAUGUCUGUUGCCCACCUAGCACUGAGAAGGUUACUUACCAGUAAAGGGGAUUGCAAAUCCAAUGCAGAUUGAUCUCCUCCACUUCAUUUUUAGUGAACUUUCUGCAUGUAGUGAAUUACAGCUGGGUUUUCCGGAGAUGCGUGGUCAUUUUCUUGGUUUCGGUAACUAAAGCUGCUCUUCUUCUUUUUUUAAAGCAAUUUCCCCAAAAUGGCACUUUAGGGGAAUUUGAACUCUUUAUAGUCUAAACUGGUGUAUGCACAUGACAACAUUCAUAAUUCAAAUUGCUGCAACAUUUCAUAUGUUUAGGUGAGGCCAAGCUCAUCUCUGCAUACUUUCAGCUACCUCCUCUUUGCAAAACACAUUGAAUUCUGCACACUCGCAAGAGACCAGUCGCAUUGUAUGCCGAAUGAACUUGCCCCAUCUGAGAUAAAGCACAGGAGUUAUCGUAAAAAGAUAGUUCCAGGAAAGAAAAGCCCGAACACUGGAGCAUCACUUUUUCAAUACCUUUCUGUCUUUAGACAAAUAUGAAGUGUUCUGUCCUAUUUAACAUCAGCUGAGUACAACAGACUAUUUUCGUUGUUAUCCCAAGAAGCAAAUAUUUAUUCAAUGUCAGAAAAUUUGGCCUUUUAUUAGGCUGAUUUCUUACAAUAGGUAGUAUUCUCAUAAGGGUCUAUUAAUGUUGUAUGUUGCAUUAGCUAUGGAAAUUGCCACUGGGGAUAUAUUGUGUGUAAUGUCCAAGGUAACAUUUUAUUAUAUUUUUGCACAUAUGCAAAAUAACUUAAUAAAGAUUUUAAAACCAACAUUAUGCUUCGAUCUGUAGUGCAGUGGGCAUAGUAGCUCUUUACUCGUUGUAAUAUUCUGACCGUUAAAUAGCCCAUUUCACAACUGCUUAGGUGUACAUAUAAUUCAGCAUUAUUUUUUUAAAAGAAAUGCACUGGUUACAUGUAUUUUCGAUAAACUAACUACUUAGUAAUUUGUUUUCCUUUUUAAACAUUUAGUUUGUUUUGCUCCCUUUACAAUGGCAAAUAGAAUUAAAUGAUGUUAGAGGUGAUGCAGAUUUUAGAAUGUAUGCAGAGAUCUAUUUAACUUUUUUUUUUUCUUUACUUUUUUUUUUUAAAGUCUGUGGAUUGAAUGUAAAUUUUUUUCUGGUUUUACAAAUUAUGGUGCCACUUUGUUUUUUGAUUUAUCCAUUGCGGUUUAAUCACAAGCCUUUGCAAUAAUUAGAUGUGAAAAUACCCAGUGUUGUAACCGUAACCAAUUGUGGUUGGAGGUGCUUGCAGUUGUCCAAUAAAAUGUAUGUUUUUUUUUUCAUAAAA